CCUCUUUCCUGUUUUGUCAACCAAAAUUUUGAAAUUCCACCACCAUGCUGGUGAGCUGCCCGAUCCUUUGUCCAGUUGAGAAACUGGUCACGGAACUCAAGAGGCACCACGUGAUACCCCGCCUCUUUGCCUGCAAGCCAACGAAGGUGAUCAGUGUGCUAUAUCCCUGCGAUAUCGACAUCAAACCGGGCAUUAUGGUAGUGAUUAAUGAGACGCUGAAGCAACCGAUCAUUCGGUUUAAGGCCGAUCCGGAACACUAUCACACGCUGAUGAUGGUCGACUUGGACGUGCCGCCGGACAAUAAUACGGAGUGGCUCAUUUGGAUGGUCGGUAAUAUUCCGGGCUGCGAUGUCGCCAUGGGUCAGACGCUUGUGGCCUACGACAACCGGCGGACCAUCCACGGCAGUAACAUCCAUCGAAUCGUCUUCCUGGCCUUCAAGCAGUAUCUGGAGCUCGAUUUCGACGAGACUUUCGUUCCCGAGGGCGAGGAAAAGGGUCGUGGCACCUUCAAUUGCCAUAAUUUUGCAAGGAAGUAUGCGCUUGGCAAUCCGAUGGCUGCCAAUUUCUAUCUGGUGGAAUGGUUAUGGCGAUGGACACCAACAUACCUCGUCUCGGAACAUGAAUUCGAACCUUCAAAUGGAAAUGAAAAUUAAUAAAAGCUCGAAGUUUU